CCGAGAGUCAUUUUGCUCAGUUUACUUUAGUGUUUAAUGUUUAAUGAGCUUUUCUAGGUGAAGAUGUUCAAAAAGUUUGUUGCAAAAGAAAAUGUGUCAGGUGUGACACAAAUGAAGUCAUCAGCUAUACGUGGGGUUCGAGCUCGGCUGGUUGAAGAUUAUCCAGGGUUAGGAGAAUUUCAAGAUCAAAUUCUACCAAAGAAGGAAUCAUAUAAUCUUGUUAAGUGCCAUGAGAGGAUAGAGAUCAUCGCCGUUGGAGGCGAACCAGUUUUCUUCAAGCAACGAGAUGGACCCUACAUGCCUUGUCUCAAGUUAUUACAUAAAUAUCCAACGAUACUACCAUGGCAGCAAGUAGAUAAAGGAGCUAUUCGUUUUGUACUGAGCGGUGCUAACAUUAUGUGUCCGGGUCUUACAUCUCCAGGGGCUAAACUAGCUCCAUCUGAAAAAGACAAAAUUGUUGCAAUAAUGGCUGAAGGCAAGACACAUGCCCUUGCAAUAGGAUUAAUGAAGAUGUCUUCUGAAGAAAUAAUGAACGUCAACAAGGGAAUUGGGAUUGAUAACAUCCACUAUCUCAACGAUGGUCUAUGGCAUAUGAAGCAGAUUCAUAAAUAACACUGGCAAAUUUCUUGAUGUGAGGCAACGUUGAAGAAGUGCUUGUAAGCUUGGUAUGCAAGAGACUUUCUUUUCCUGCUGCUGCAUUGAAGUCCUUCUGACCGUCAUUGGAUGGAAUAUGGUAUAAUUUCACAAAACCAUCAAAGACCUGUUCAUGACAUUUACAAAUAUUUAGUUUUAGGGACAUGCGUUAGCAACAAGGUAUUUCAAUAACCUGGUAUGAAUGGAUCAAUUACUGAAGUCUUUUUACACUGUACUUGUUGCUAUGCCAUGUACAUGUAAGAACAACCGGAAAUGUAUG